CUCGAGCAUAACAUCCCUAGCCACAACAGACUCCUAAAACAUUCUAAGCAGUGUUUGGCAGAUGUUAAACGACCUUAGCCGCCUCAAAAAAUAGUCAUCAGAAAACUGAAGGUGACAGGUCUCUGUGCAGUAGCUGACAACACACAGUGCUGCAGGCGCACACACACGUGGUCUUCUGGUCAGGUAGUCCACAAUCCAGGACACAAGAGAAUCAUCCACCUGCAUCGCUGUCAGUUUCUCAACCAGGAAGCUUUUUUUACUUCCAGGCCCCCACCUGCAUUUCGUGACGUCGACGCUACGUCAGAUGAAACCCAGGAAUGUGACGGCGCCGUGGACGGACGAGGUGGGGCCAGUUCAGCGUCUACGCCCUGAAAUUGUUUACCAAAGUCAGUCGGCUCUGCUCCAACUAAUAUUUCUACUUUAACAAAAUGAGGAUUUUAUCUGUGAUCUUCAUUUUCUGCCAAGUUGUUUCUUCAGUGAAAUACUCCCUGACAUUUUACUUUACUGGCACUUCUGGAAUCCCAGAGUUUCCAGAGUUUGUGGCUGCUGCAACAAUAAAUGAAGUUCAGGUGGGUUACUUUGACAGCAACAUCCAGACAGCUGAACCCAAACAGGACUGGAUGCGGAAACUGUUUAAGGAUGACCCCCAACAACUGAAGUGGUAUUCUGAAAGGUGUCUUGAAAGUUUGCAUUUCUUCAGGGCCAAUAUCGAUGACUUGCGGCGUCGUUUAAACCAAACCAAAGGUCCGCAUGUCUUACAGAGGAUAAAUGGCUGCUCGUGGGAUGAUGAGACUGGAGAAAUCAAAGGGUUUAAUAAGUACGGCUACAACGGUGAAGACUUCAUAUCUUUGGACCUGCAGACACUGACAUGGACUGCUCAUGUAACACAGGCUGUCAUCACUAAACAGAAAUGGGACACUAACGAGGCCAGAUUGAAAGACAAUGAAAGUUUUUACAUCCACAUGUGUCCUGAGUGGCUAAAGAAGUAUAUAAACUAUGGGAAGAGCUUUCUGCAGAGAACAGAGCGUCCCUCGGUGUCUUUCCUCCAGAAGAGUCCCUCUUCUUUAGUCACCUGCUACGCCACAGGUUUCUACCCGGACACAGCUGACUUGUACUGGAGAAAAGAUGGAUAUGAGUUUCAUGAGGGUGUGGACAAAGGAGCAAUCCUCCCCAACCCUGAUGGGACCUUCCAGAUGAGUACUGAGCUUAAUAUUUCAUUAAUUUCACCUGAAGAGUGGAGGAAGUAUGAUUGUACGUUUCAGCUGUCUGGUGUAGAAGAUGAUGUCAUCACCAAACUAGAAGAAAAGGUGAUCAGGACAAACUACGUUCCACCUUCAACGUUUCCAGUCGGUCCUCUUGUUGGAGCUGUGGUGGUAUUACUUGUUCUCCUCCUGGUAGUUGCUGUUAUUCUCAUUUUAAAGGAAAGAAAUGUAUCAAUCUGUGAUUCAGGGUUCCGGCUUGUAAGACAGUGAAGAUUAGAAGAAGAUGCUGAAUUCUCCUGAGUGGAGAGUCAGGAAAUCCACGUUGUUCCAAACACAUUUAUCUCUGACAGAGUUCAUGUUGGUAAAUGGGAUGUAGACACUCCACAGUUGAGUCAAGGCAAACAGUGCACAUGCAUAUAAAAGGAAAAUAUCCUGUAUUAGGGAUAUAACACCUCCUGCAAAAAGACUGGCCGUCAGUGUCAGUCAAAGGGACUCUGACCUGUCGGCAUGGUGAUGAUGAAGACCUCGGAGUGCUCAGCCGCAGAGCUGCAGCUUGGUAG